AUGGAACAAAUUAACAAAAAUGCAAUUCUAGUCUCAGGGGCCGAUGGGUUCAUUGCCCUUCAUAUUGUGAAUGAUUUAUUGCAAAAGGGUUAUACUGUCAUUGGGUCAGUAAGAAAUCCCGAAGAGGCAGCCCUGUUGAUGAAGGACUUUAACAAUAAUCCAAAAUUAAUUCCUGUCGUUGUGGAAGAUAUCUCUAAACUUAAUUCAUUUGAUCAUGUUUUUCAAGAAUAUGGAUCUCAAAUAAAGGGUGUGUUACAUGUUGCAUCUCCGGUUCAUUUUGAAAGUUCUGAUGUAGUGAAUGAUUUGUUAAUCCCAGCUUUAAAUGGUACAACUGCAGUAUUGAAUGCAAUUAAAGAGUAUGCACCACAGUCGGUAGAAAAAGUGGUAAUUACUUCAUCAUUUGCUGGGUUUGUUUCACCCAAACAGAUGGCAGAUAAAAAUACAGUAGUUACUGAAGACUCAUGGAAUGACUCUACAUGGGAAAAUUGUCAAUCUGAUCCUAUUAGUGCUUAUUGUGCCUCCAAGAAAUUUGCUGAAAAGGCUGCUUGGGAUUUUCUCGAGAAAUAUAAAUCUGAGGUGAAAUUUGAACUAGCUGUCAUUAGCCCAGGAUGGGUAUUUGGCCCUCAAUUGUUUUCCAGAGGGGUUAAACCCGUUAUGAACGUUUCCUGUGAGAUAAUCAAUAAAAUUGUUCAUGCCAGAAGUAUUGAUGAUGUUCCAUUUGAGAUGAUGGGUCCAUACAUCGAUGUUCGCGACACUGCCAAAGCCCAUAUAUUUGCUUUAGAAAAUGAUUCAUGCAAUGGUCAUAGAUUAAUUCUCAACGAAGGGUUUUUUACUGCCCAGGAGAUCUUGGAUAUUGUUCACAACGACUUCCCGGAAGUUGGCAAAGAUAUUCCAAUGGGGAAUCCAGGAACUGGUAAAAAGUUGUUGGAAGAAAGAUUUACAGCAGAUAAUUCAAAGACUAGAAAAAUCUUAGGAUUUCCGUUCCGUGAUUUAAAGGAGACAGUGGAUGAUACAGUAGCACAGAUUAUAGAAGUAAAUGGCAAAAAGUAA